ACAGGUUGCAGGAUCCUUGGUGUAGAAAUGUGUGGAGUGUGAGCCUCUCUGAUCACCAAGCCCUGCCAAGCGUCGCUUCACACGUAACGAGGGAGGGAGGAAGGACAAUCAUGAUGAUUUUUCCCUGUUUUACGGAGGGGAGGGCUGAGAGUGGCAGGUAGCUCGUGCGAGAUCAGACGGCUGAUGUGAGAACCUGGAUGGUCUGGCUUCGGAGGUCAGGGCUCUUGUGCCCUCAGCUCAUGGGGAUGAGCUUUACCGUCCUGCAAGCUUUUGCUUGCUUCUUUUCAAGUAACCCUCCCGGUAACUUUGAAACAUAUUAAAAGUCUUCUUAUAUUUGAGGAAACAGGAAACGGAGGCGCAGAGAUGGGUGACUGGCCCAGGAUGUCCUGUUACCACUUCUCUGCGGGAUUGAUCUUCUGCCCGACGACUCCCAGGGCCAUGGCGGAUGGACGUUCUAGACGGCGUUCUCUUUUCUCCGCAGAUCUUGGCCUCCACCUCCAGUGCUCAACUCCACCGAGGAUGCUGUGUCAGCAUGUUUGCUGGUUUGGCCAGAAGCUGGUGCGCAGGCGGCCCCUGGGGCCGAGGGAGGGGGCUGAGAGUCGCUUGGCCCGGUGCCUGAGCACUCUCGAUCUGGUGGCCUUGGGCGUGGGCAGCACCCUGGGAGCGGGUGUGUACGUCCUGGCGGGUGAAGUGGCCAGGGACAAAGCCGGGCCCGCCAUCACCGUCUGCUUCCUGGUGGCCGCCCUGUCUUCUGUGCUGUCCGGGCUCUGCUAUGCGGAGUUUGGGGCCCGCGUGCCGGGCUCUGGCUCUGCGUAUCUCUACAGCUAUGUCACAGUGGGACAAUUGUGUGCUUUCGUCACUGGCUGGAACCUCAUACUCUCCUAUGUCAUCGGUGCCGCCAGCGUGGCCAGGGCCUGGAGCUCCGCCUUCGACGACUUGAUUGGGAACCAGGUCUCUCGGCUCCUGAAGGGAGGUUUUUCACUGCACGUCCCCCACGUGCUGGCCACACACCUGGACUUCUUCGCGCUGGGCCUGGUGUUGCUCCUCACUGGACUCCUGGUCCUGGGAGCUAGCGAGUCGGCCCUGGUUACCAAGGUGUUCACGGGCGUGAACCUUUUGGUUCUUAGCUUCGUCAUCCUCUCUGGCUUCAUGAAGGGAGAUCUGCACCAUUGGCAGCUCACUGAACAGGACUACAAACUGGCCAUGUCUGCAUCCAAUGACUCUUCUAGCUUGGGCCCUCUGGGUUCUGGAGGGUUUAUGCCUUUUGGCUUUGAGGGGAUACUCCAUGGAGCAGCGACGUGUUUCUACGCAUUCAUUGGUUUUGAUUGCAUUGCCACUACAGGGGAAGAAGCCCAUAAUCCUCAGCGUUCCAUCCCCUUAAGCAUCAUAAUCUCACUCUUCAUCUGCUUUUUGGCGUAUCUUGGUGUCUCGGCUGCACUUACCCUCAUGAUGCCCUACUACCAGGUCCAUCCCAGGAGCCCCUUGCCACAGGCAUUUCUCCAUGUGGGAUGGGCCCCUGCCAGAUACACCGUGGCUACUGGAACCCUCUGUGCUCUUUCAUCCAGCCUCCUGGGUACCAUGUUCCCCAUGCCUCGAGUGAUCUACGCAAUGGCAGAUGAUGGGCUCCUUUUCCGGGGACUCGCCUGGAUUCAUCCCCGCACACACACCCCUAUCAUGGCCACCAUAGUGUCUGGAACUUUUGCAGCAUUCAUGGCAUGCCUCUUCGAGCUCAGUGAUCUUGUGGACCUCAUGUCAAUUGGGACCCUGCUUGCUUACUCCCUGGUGGUCUUUUCCGUUCUUGUUCUCAGGUACCAGCCAGACGAGAAUUUAAGCAAGAACGAGAAAACAGAGGUGGAAAUAAGUGAGAUAAAGUCUGCACCUCAAGCAGGUUCUUCACAAUCUGUACCUGAAGCAGGAACCGCACAGGAUCUGCCGAGUCUGCAUAACCGGGUCAACACCACCCCGACUCUGAAAUCUAGCCGCAUUGUCUGUACAUGUACCUUACUGCUUGCUCUCCUGCUGACGAUCCUGUGCCUGAUACUGGUCCAGUGGCCCAGCCAUCUGCUCUCUGCAGACCCGGUGUAUACCACAGGGGCCGUGUUGCUCCUGAUGCUCAUUAUUGGGCUCACUUUCAUCAUCUGGAGACAGCCCCAGAACCCCACUCCCCUUCACUUCAAGGUCCCCGCUUUGCCUGUGCUCCCACUGCUGAGCAUCUUUGUGAAUGUUUACUUGAUGAUGCAGAUGACUGCUGGGACCUGGGCCCGAUUUGGCAUCUGGAUGGUGAUUGGAUUUGCCAUAUACUUUGGAUAUGGGAUCCGACACAGUUUGGAGAAGGACAGUGAUCAACAGCCACCAGUCUCCAGCUCCCAAACUCUUGACAAAAGCAUCCCGAGAUUUGCCAUAUACUUUCGAUAUGGGAUCCGACAUAGCUUGGAAAAGGACAAUGAUCAACAGCCACCAGUCUCCAGCUCCCACACUCUUGACAAAAACAUCCCGAGUGCUGAAUUAGCUUAA